GACAAGAUGGCGGAUGCGGAGGAGGAAACUGAAGUAACUCCGCCUCGUUUAUCCGCGAGCGAUUUUGACAUAUUCGCCGAAAAACUCCUGACGCAUCAGUUACUGUUGACUGCACUUGAGCUGCACACGGAAUUAGUUGAAGCAGGUCUGGAGAUUCCUCGUUUACGUGAUUUCUUCUCCAAUCCUGGGAAUUUCGAACGUCAAUACCAGACGACAACACUAAGCGGUAGCGCACACUCGCCAGUUAUACCUCGCACAUCUAGUAUUGCAACCAUUGAUUCACUGGAUGAUUAUGCUCGUUAUUCAGACGAUGGUGCCCGAGACACAGAUGAAAAGGUUGCAGUCUUAGAAUUUGAAUUGAGGAAAGCUCAUGAGACUAUUAAAGCACUGAGGGGAUCUUUGACUGAAGCAACUGAAACUGAAACUCCAGCUUCUGAAAGUAGUCAUGGAGAGAAUAUUGACAGAGAUCAUUCAUCUGGAGGGGACUCCUUGAGACCACAUGAGAAGCGAGCCCUGAAUUUCUUAGUGAAUGAAUACUUACUAAAGAAUGGCUACAGAAUGACCUCUGUAACUUUCUCAGAUGAGAAUGCUGAUCAGGACUUUGAUGACUGGGAUGAUGUGGGUUUGAACACUGCCAAGCCUCCAGACCUGCUGCAUCUUUACAGAGACUAUGGACAUCACACUGUACCCGAAGUGAUGCUGGUGUUGAAAUCAGUGAAAGAAGAGAAAGCAAACUUGGAGGCAGAAUAUGCCAAGUUACAAGAGGAGUGCAAACAGCUUCAGGAGGGAAUAGGAGAGUUGAAAUAUGAGAACCAUACAUUGAAUGAAACAGUUGAAAAAUUGGAAAGUGAAAUAAAGGAGAUUGUCAACUCAUCACAUUUGACUGAAAGGGCCUCGCUGAGCGUAGAGAAAAGCAUUGAAUCAUCAGAGACAGAUACAGAUGGUGUCACAGCAGAACACAUCAGCGAAUCAACAACAAAGAAUGAGGACGCCACUGAUGGUACGGAGAACAAUGAUGCUGUGGAGAUUAGUGAAAGAGGCAAUGUACCAAAUGAGGAAGGAAAUGGAGACGCUGCAGAGAAACUUCAGACUAGUGAAGAAUUGGGUAGUAAAGAUCCCGAAGAAAAUUUACCUGACGAUGGUAGUCAUCAACGAAAUACAGCCGAUGUGGAACUGACACAACAAAAGAGUGAUGACCCUCAAGUCAGAACUUUCUCUCCAUCAUCACAGCCAAGCAGCAACGAAGAGAAAGAUCAAACUUCAUCAAGAACAACUUCAUCUUUAUUUAGAGACACGCUGUUGACUUUCACGCAUGUGCAGUUAGAGAAUAGACUUUCUAAUGAGGUCUGUAAGCUUUCCAACGCUGAUGAAAAUGUGGUUCUAAUUGUUGCGAGAUGUUUGCCUCAUAUUGUACCAAACGUGUUGCUGAACAAAAGAGAGGAAUUGAUUCCUGUAAUUCUUUGUUCAGCCAUUCACCAUCCAGCUGUGAAGGAAAGAGAUAAUCUUCUUCACAUGUUAUUUAAUCUUAUUAAACGACCAGACGAAGAUCAGAGGCAGAUGAUUAUGAGCGGGUGUGCUGCGUUUGCGCAGGUCGUGGGACCAACUCGAAUAGAGGCUGAACUUUUACCACAAUGGUGGGAACAGAUUGGCCACAAGUAUGUUGAAAGAAGACUCCUUGUUGCUGAAGCUUGUGGUGGAUUAGCGCCGUAUUUACCGGAUUACAUUCGUAGCUCUCUCGUGUGGUCCAUGUUGAAACAAAUGCUGAGCGAUGAUCGAAACGAGGCUGUUCGAGAGGCCGUAACAAAGAGUCUGGGACUUGUCGUGGCGUUUAUGGAAAAUGUGGAUAAAUAUCAACAGGCCUACGAGUUGUUAGAGGAAACGUUGUUUGAUCCGUCAGAAAAAGUAGCGAAGACUUCCAGAGAAGUGUUUCUACCGUCAUUUGCCGCAUGGGCUCAAGAUCUUGAUAAAGUAGAGUCUCAUCUCUUCACCUCCCUAAUCUCCAUAGUGGAAAAUGCCUUAAAGGAUUUAGAGCAGGUUCACGAACUUGCCAAUGACUCAGAGGAUACUGAGAAAGUACAUAAAACAUUUGAAGCAAUUCACGACAGACUGGCACGCUCUGUUCAAGUUAUUUCAUCGCUUAUUCCGGUGCUGUUUGCCUCAGUUCUACGGACAGCGCCAUUUUCCAAAAAGCCAGAAGAAGUCGAAAGAUACAAUGUGCCAGUUGCACCAGGAAGAUUGCUAACACCACAAUCGCCGCUGACCGAUAUCGAGACGAUUUUUGGCGGGAACCAGGCUGUCGCCUUCCAUGUUCGUCGAUUUGACAAGCACGUGUCCGAGGACCACUUUGAUUCAUGGGAUAGUUUGACCUGGAUUCAGUACGAAUGUUUACCCAAUCUGUGUGAUAUUGUAGGAAAAGUUCAUGUAUCUUUGACUGAUUGUGUACAACAGUUGAUUUCCCUCUUUCGCUCUUUGUGUAUUACACUUGGGAAACCAUACUCAGACAAAAAGAUAAAACCAUUUUGUAUGCAAAGAUUAAAUGUUCUCUCUUUAGACGAAGAAAGAAGAGAAAGUCUCCUAUCCAGUGCCUCGCUUCCAGUUCUGGCCGCUGGCGUCCUGGGUUGUUUUGACUCGGAGGACGACAUGUCUGAACUGACGUCAUUAUUACGCAAUUCGGUAAUUGCCCUGGCUGAAGCCUCGGCAUCACUCGAAGGACCAAUCAUCAUGUACCAGGAGUUGAGUACUUCAUCCCGCUAUCUUGAGGUACUAAUAGGUGUUCUUUGGGAGAUAGUUGUCCAUUCCAGUUCCUUAGUACGCUGCUGUGCGGCUCCUUUAUUUACUGUGUUAAUGAAAGGUGUUGACCUGGAUCUAAUCAGUAGAAAGGUUUUACCAGCUCUAGUAACUUUAGCUUCAGAUUCACAAAUGUCAGUUAGAACGGCGGCAAUUCCGGCGUUCGGUGCAAUAGUAGAAAAUGUCACCGAUAAAAUGAUUUUAGAAAAAGUUUAUGUACAGUUCCAGUCGUUUCUUGAAGACCCACAAUACAAAGAUCAACAUGAACUACAGGCUACCAUGAUAAGAACGUUUGGCAAGGUCGCCCCUCAUGCAGAGCCACAUUUCAGAGAUGAAGUUCUCUUACCGCGACUGGUUGUCAUGGCAACAAUCAAUAACCAAUCGCAAGACGACACGAGACGGAGGGAGAUUGCGCUGGAGCUAAUGGAAGCUUACGUGUCUUUGACGUGUUGUUUCAUCUCUAUUGAUGUGUUAAAUGAUUACAUCAUCCCAGGACUCCGCGCGGUUAAACAGGACAUCGAGGCUUUGGCUCCAGAAUGCGAGGAAACUGUUCAUGUGCUUCUCAGAGAAUGCGAGGUUAAGGCAGACCAGAAAUCACUUUCACACCUUCCUUCCAGUAGCAAAAUAGGACAAGAAAUUAAAAGCACGUUUAUAAGUGGAUUCCAUCGAUUAAAAGAUGCACAGCGACCAAAAAUGGCGGACAUUUUUAAGAAGAAAGAUCGCUUUGACUCAUGACAAGCGCGGUGUCUCCCAGUUUACUACAAUAACCUUGGUCAGCGGUACUCCUGUAUCCAUGGACUCUUUACUCUAAGCUUUGGAGAAAUUAUUAGAAGUGACAUUGAAGAAUGGGAAGGAUUUUAGAGAAUUGUUCGAGUCAAAAUGGUUGAAUACCAAGGCCGAAGAUGCAUGGUAUACUUUACCAAUUGGUGAGGCUCAAAUUUGAAAGAGAUUACAACAGAAUUAAACUAUUAGAAUUAAAAAUGAAAGUUAUCGGUAUUUCAGAUAAGUAUGACAUAACCAGGCGAUAUCCGGCUUUGCAUUAGAAACGGUUAUGUGUAGUUCCAGCUUAGGAGGACAGUGCAGUGCACUCAUCAUAGUUUCUCCAUCGCGACUGUGAAUAAAUCUCGCGGCAAUUAAAGAGCGGUUUGUUAGUUCUAAGAUGCGCGUGUCUUUAUAAAGACGAACAAACGUGCACUAGACUUGGUAUGGGUUUUUUUAUUUUUUCAAGUGUAGGAUCUUUGAAUGGUCAACGUUUGUGUAAGACUCCCAGAGGCUACGUAACGAUCGUAAUCAUUUACUGCAUUUCCCUUAAUAAGAACUUGACUGAAUCUGCCCCAGCAAAAGGUGGGGAACUUCUAGUGAUAUUCCCUUAGUGAUGUUCUACAAUUUUCAAACCUUACUUUUGAUACAACGAAGUCUUCAUUUAAGGCUUAAAGCGUUUUUCGGCCCUUGCAGAUGAAGAACCACACUACAAACUGUAUGUAGUGGUUUUUUUGCCUGGGCGCUAAAAAGGAAAAAACGAUAGCUUCCAUUUGGAGCGAGAGCUUCGCAUUUGGGAAACUACUCUCCUCAGAACUGAUAAUUAUCGUGAACAAAUAUUUUGUAAAUUUUCGCAGCAGUUGGAAGCUAUUGUCAAUUUAUUGUGUCAGGUUAAGCUAAUGAACAUUUGAACAUUUCAUGCUAGCAAGUUGCAGUUCGUGGUAUUUCAAGGUGAUGGAAAUCUCUAAAUUAAUAUCAUAACCGUGUUUGUGAUUAUUGUUGUGAUUACUGUUUUGAUCGUUACCGUCGUCAUUGGAAACAUAACCUUUAUGAUAUUGUUCUCGAGCUUCAGUCUUAAGCUCUGGAGUCAGUUGUCAGCGUUACAUUUAUUCGUACGGUUUCAAUGCAAGUCCAAACAGAAUGAUGAAAUAAUUUUGAGAUUUAUCACUUAGGAAGAAAAUAUUAAUUCUAGGCUCGAUAUGAACUUUAUAUCUUUGGACAAAUUAGAGGAUUGUGAACAUCAAAAUUUGUGACGGGGUGAGAACUGUUCAUAGCUUUCUAAAAGCGUUGUUAUAACAACGCUUUUACAGGACUCGUAUUGUACAGAUUGUCCAUUUGAAUGGGUUUCUUGUCUGAUAUACCAAUAAUAGUAAUAAUUGUUAAGGAUCUUUUAUAAAAAAAAUUCGGCAGAAGCACACCUGAUCACAUUUUAAAUUUUUGUUAAAUUGCCAUUCUUUCUCAAUUACUUUCGUUCGUAAAAAUAGUUACUAAAUAAAAUGACUCUGAAAGUAUAUUUUUUAGACCUUCGCGCAAAAAUACUAAAAUACUUUAGUGUAAAUAGAAUUAAAAGAUACCAUGCAAAGACGGUAAAUAAACUGAAGCCUUU